AUGCCUCUCGACCGGAUCAAGCUGCCGGUCAUGUUUGGCACACCCGACAAUUUCCGCACUGAAAAGCUGACCUUUGAUUUCGCGGACUUUGAGACGGUGUACAUUGUGAUUUUAGGCCACCCAAUGCUGGGCAAGUUCAUGGUGGUAGUUCACUAUGCUUACCAAAUGCUCAAGAUCCUGGGUCUUAAGGGGGCCAUUAUAGUUAAAGGGGAUCAGCGCGCAGUGGUCAAAUGCGAUAAGCAAAGCCUGGAUAUGGUCGAACACUUCGGUCGAGUGGCUAUCAUCCCCAAGGACGCAAAUUCUAAGCGUCAAAGGCACCAAGAUGUCGCCGAGGCCAAAAACUCUAGGCUAGUAAGUCUUGCUAGCACCUCUGAGUCUAACGACGCCAAAGGUAAGAUCAACGAUGGCGUCAACGAUAAGAAGAUUGGUGGUUGCGUAAAGGCAGUGCCCCUUGACCCUUCUGAACCAUCUAAGACGGUUAAAAUCGCGGCCAAUCUUGACCCCAAAUAG